AUGCCGGUGCCGGUCACCCGGCUGGCAUCAGAUGCCAACCUCAAGUUCCACAGCAAAAAGAGCAGGCUGCAACCAAGGAUGCUCAAGUUCCUGGAAGGCAGCCCCAUUGCGCAGGCAGUCAUUACCUACCUUGUGCUGGUUGGAACUUGCAUGGUGAUGGGGGACGGCGCCCUCACUCCAUCCAUCUCAGUCCUGUCAGCUGUUCAAGGAAUCCAGUCAAGAUCCUCUAGCAUUAAACAAGGGCACGUUGUCCUCCUAUGUGUGAUUAUCCUGGUCAUCCUUUUCCUUUUCCAACAAUAUGGCACAAGCAAAGUUGGCUUCACUUUUUCUCCCAUUAUGCUCGUGUGGUUUGCGUUGAUUGCUUCCAUUGGACUAUACAAUAUUAUCAAGUAUUAUCCACCGGUUCUGAAAGCCAUAUCCCCACAUUACAUAUAUCUUUUCUUCACGAGGAACAAAAGGGCUGGCUGGGAGCAAUUUGGAACAGUUGUUUUGUGCAUAACAGGUGCUGAAGCUAUGUUUGCUGACUUGGGUCAUUUCAACAAGAAAUCAAUCCAGAUGGCAUACUCAUGCCUAGUUUAUCCAGCACUGAUACUUGCAUAUGCUGGCCAAGCAGCAUUUUUUAUCAAGAACCCAUCUAAGCUCAGCACAACAUUUUAUAGUAGCGUCCCAGAGCCACUGUUUUGGCCAAUGUUUAUCGUAGCUACUUUGGCUGCCAUCGUUGCAAGCCAGGCAUUGAUAUCUGCCAGUUUCUCCAUCAUCAAACAAUCAAUUGCUUUAGGUUGUUUUCCUAGAGUUACCAUGAAGCACACCUCAAAGAAAUAUGAAGGCCGAGUAUACUCUCCAGAGAUCAACUACUUCCUGAUGAUUGCUUGUAUAUUGAUUACUGUUGGUUUUAAGGGUGGACCAGAGAUUGGGCAAGCCUAUGUGAGGCAUCUACCUGUGACACCAGUCCUGCCCGAAGAGCGCUUCCUCUUUGACAGACUAGAGCCUUUUGGUGUUUACAGGUGCAUAGUCCAAUAUGGUUAUAUGGACACCCAGAAUAUGGAGGAUGAUGAGUAUGUUCUAUCAAUCAUUGCAUCCCUCAAGGAAAUAGCUCAAAGUGAUGAUGAGACCAUGAUGAUGGAUUCAGCUUUAGCAAAUGGAAGGACCUUUGUACUUGGAAGGGUUAUUUUAAAAAUGAGCUCCAAGCAAAACUGUUUCAAGUGCUUUGUUAUUAACAACCUUUACAGGUUUUUGCAGAAGAAUUUCAGGUCCAACAUUUCCAGUCUAAAGAUAGCUCCUAGUAAAACCUUGCAGAUUGGAAUGCAAUAUGAGAUUUGA